ACAAAUAAUAAUAAUAAUAAUAAUAAUUAGUGAACAUAAUAACAAAAGGGAUUGCAAUUAGUCCAUGAUUCAUAGGAGUGUGGAAGAACGAAGUGGACCACAACUGAUGACAGACUACUCCAUUGCUGCUGCUUCUGCUGCUGCUUCUGCUGCUGCAUCUCUCUCUCUCUCUCAUUGAAGUUUGAAACAUAACAAGAAAACACUGUCACAAUUGCAACUUCAAUCUUCAACUCCAUACAUAGAUAGAGCCACUUGCUUUCUCACAAAUCAAGAGCAUUAUGUAAAGAUUGCAUUUUUGCUUCAUCAAGACCAACCCAUUUAUCAAAUAUGGAUUAUGAAAGGAUUCAAAAGCCACAGGGUGGUGGGGGAUUUUCACCAGGAAAAUUGAGGAGCAUGUUAUUGGGUGUUGAGAAGAAGAGGAAACAAGAGGAAGAACUUGAUUCUAAUUUCACCAUGAGAUCUCAGAAUCCAGAUAUUGAUGAAUCUGGUGGUAGUUCUGAUCAUUGUAAAGAUGUAGAUGUUGUGAGUGUCCUUCCUGAAUAUUUAACUUCUACAGCUCGAACCUUUAGCAUAGAGGAAGAUAGUGAUGAGCGAAUGCCAAAGACCAAUGCAGUAGUAGCAACUUCAAGGAAUAGAAUCCUAGAAGACCCUUCUUUAGAUUACGAUAGCGGAUAUGAUAAUAUGAUCAUGUCCCCAUCAAUGUUUGAAUUUCAAAAGGCCGAGCGUGCCCCACCAAGAGUACCUGUGGGGCCAUUCUCAAAACCAGCGCCAUCUAAAUGGGACGAUGCGCAGAAGUGGAUAGCAAGUCCGACAUCAAACAGGCCAAAGACUGCACAGAUCCAGGGGCAAGGUGGACCGCGUAAGUUUGGCCGGCAACCUUCAAUGAAGGUUGUCGUUGAAGUUCCAGAUCAAAGAGAAAUUGGUUUAGAUGAACCGGAUACCAAGCAAAUUGAUGCAAACCAAACUAAGAUGGAAGGCGGAGGACAGAAGUUUGUGGACUGGGAUGCUGACAGUUAUGCAAUUGCAGACGCUUAUGCGGUUAGUCUCAGCCAGCACAAUUCAUCUAUUGCUACCCAGAGUGCAACAACAUUUGUUCCUCCCCCUUCAACGGCUCGAUCUGUAUCGAUGAGAGAUAUGGGAACUGAAAUGACACCUAUUGCAAGCCAAGAGCCAUCAAGAACGGGUACACCAGUUGGGGCGACAACACCAAUGCGCAGCCCUAGUUCUUCCCGGCCUUCUACGCCAACCAGAGCCGCCCCUUCAUCAACUUUAAUUGAUCCACGUAACGAUAAUCUGAAUCUUAACAAGAAUGAAUUGUCUGAAAAGGAGAUACAAAUGAAAACCAGGCGAGAAAUAAUGGUCCUCGGUACGCAACUAGGCAAAAUGAACAUUGCUGCCUGGGCUAGCAAAGAAGAAGAGGACAAAGAUGCAUCCACUUCGCUGAAAACAAAAACAGGUGAACAACCAGCUAAGAGUGUCAUUGAAGCGCGUGCAACAGCAUGGGAGGAGGCUGAGAAGGCCAAAUAUAUGGCCAGAUUUAGGCGCCAGGAGAUGAAAAUUCAGGCAUGGGAAAAUCAUCAGAAAGCAAAAACGGAAGCCAAGAUGAGAAAAUUUGAGGUAGAGGUUGAAAGAAUAAGGAGUAAGUCACAUGAUAAGCUGAUGAACAAAUUAGCAGCUGCAAGGCACAAGGCUGAGGAAAAGCGAGCAGCAGCUGAAGCCAAUAGAAAUCAUCAAGCUGCUAAAACUGAGGAGCAAGCUGAAUAUAUCCGAAGAACUGGUCAUGUCCCUUCAUAUUUUUCAUUUUCUUGCUUCACAUGUUGCUCUUAAAGAGUGACAUACUUGUUCCUUCUUAAUGUUUUGUUUUUUGCUGCAUGUAUUUUCCCCAUGGUCUAAAAUGAUACAUUUUCUGCAUAAGAAAUUGUCACUUGAAAGAGUUGUUAUUUUGUCCAGUUUUUAUUUUCCAA